AUGAUCGGCUCCGUAUUUCUAAAUGAGGCCGAGAAGUCUUCAGACGACUUGGAGUCGUCCGACGACCAGCACUGCGAGAUGCCUUGGAUCGAGUGGUAUUGCAGUCUGAAAGGUAACGAAUAUUACGUUCAAGUAGACGCGGAUUACAUCCGUGAUGAGUUUAACCUCGUUGGACUACAGCAUCAAGUUUCUUACUAUAGCCACGCAAUUCGUAUGAUUCUGGACAACUAUGACGAUUUCGACUACGAUUGUUACGAUGAUAACGACGGGGAUUCUUUUGGUUCACGCUCCGAUCGCGCGAAGCAGCAGAUCAUCAACACAUCAUCGCAAUUGCUGUACGGAUUGAUCCACAGCCGUUUUAUAAUAACGUCCAAGGGCAUGUCCUUGAUGAUGCAGAAGUUUAAGGAGAAGGUCUUUGGAACGUGCCCAAACUUCAGUUGUGAGAAUGCGGCAGUUUUACCAAUCGGCAUCGUAGAUGCCCCUGCUUAUGACAACGCGAAGAUAUUUUGCCCUCGCUGCAAUGAAGUCUAUCACCCACCUAAGAGCAGCCGUUUGUCCCUGAUUGACGGCGCUUACUUCGGUACCACAUUCGCUCAUUUAUUUUUGAUGGUACAUGACGCACUGGUCGCACGUGGACCUGCGUACUACUACGUCCCGCAGAUAUACGGUUUCAAGGUAAGCCCCUCUGUGAAAAAUCAGAAGGAGUUGCCACAAUCCAACCAACAAUAG